AUGUUAUCUUUUAUCACGUCGUUUCUUCCAACUUCCUACCUACCAGGGUGGAUGACUCUAGAUACAAGUCCACUGGACUGUUUACUCCAAGGACUGGUGAGUGCAUGUGGGAUCUCUGUGCUAUGCUCCCUGAUGAGGGUGCACUUAUUUCUAGAGGAGAGCUGGUGUGACAAAAAUGAAAAAGAUACAUCAAGUCAGAGGACACCCAGUCAUCAAAGGACGACUAAAGCCCGUCUUCCUGGGAUGCUCCAGUUUCUCUUUGUGACUGGGAUACUGACUGUAGUGGGCUCCCGUGUUGCCUCCUUGGUCGUGCUCGAGUUUUGUCUUCGAGCAGUCUCUGGAUGGGUCACAGCCGGACCGGAGUCCAGGAAAUUUCUGCAGCAGCUGUUAGUUCAAAGCCAGUUCUGUCUGGGCUGUGCCCUUAGCUGCAGUUUGCACUUUCUCCACGAGGGGGCGUCGCAGCGCUGGCUAUGCCUGCUCCUGGCAGCAGCACUCAGCUGGUUCCUGGCAAGGCAGGCCACACUCCUGCUGCACCAUGUCAUGGCUCUGUAUAAACUCCACAGCUCACAGCGCUACUGCGGCAUUUGCAUCGGCCUCCUCACAUCAGGCCGCAGCCUGCUGCCCAUGCUGUGCAAGGCCAUGAUCAUUACUUUCACUGUGGCUGUGGUGGCCGCCAUAUCAACCAUCAAUAAACACUUCCUCUCUGCCACAGAGGCCCUCAGGUUCUGGACACCUCUGACUAUCUGCUACACGCUGCUUGUUGUGUACAUGCAGGAGGACCAGCACCGUCUGCCCGGCAGCCAGGCUGUCCUGAACACAGUGGUGGUGCGUCUCGGUGGUUUGAUGGUCCUGAUGCUGACUGUCGGACGCUGGGCCGACGUGCUCCACAUCCUAAUGUGCUUCCUGGGUGAGGCCAGCUGUCUAAUCCCCACUAUGGAUCUGCUGGAUGCGGCAUCCUCACAGGAUGAAGAGGAUUAUACAGACCACAUGAAAAGAGAUCAUCGACGAAGGCCACAGGCACAAGAGGAGGAGCAUCAGCGAUAGCCACUCUGGGAUUUUAAACA